ACCAACCGCUAUCAAAAAGCUUAACUGCUUCACGAAACUCUCAUUUUUAUUCACUUGGACAUACACAAAGUCCAAAUAUGUUUCCAUGAUAAAGAGAUCGGUUUAGAAGACAUUUACAAACUUCAUUUUAAAUUAGUCCUUGGAAAAUGUCAGGGGAAAUUAGGGGCACUGAGGAGUUGAAGUUAGUAAAUGCAUUUCGACAAGUGCUGAUCACGGAGAACCUGCUUCUUGCCAUGCAUGAUGACGAUCUCAAAUUAUUAAGAUUUCUGAAAGCUAGAAAGUUUGACAUUGAGAAGGCAAAGUGCAUGUGGACAAAUAUGCUUCAAUGGAGGAGAGAUUUUGGAACUGACACCAUUAUCGAGGAUUUUGACUUCCAUGAAAGGGAUAAAGUUCUACGGAACUACCCUCAGGGUUAUCAUGGCACAGAUAAGGAAGGAAGACCAGUUUAUAUCGAAAGAUUGGGGCUAAUGAAUGUCGACAAACUUUUGGAAGCGACUACUUUGGAUCGUUAUGUUAAAUAUCACGUCCAAGAAUUUGAGAAGUCUAUUGCCUUUCGGUUUCCUGCCUGCUCUGUAGCUGCAAAUAGACAUAUCGAUAGAGGUGUUACCAUUUUGGAUGUUGAAAGAGUGAAUUUGAGGAGUUUCACGAAACCUGUACGAGAAGUCAUUUUGCAGCUGCAGAAGAUUGAUAAUGACUAUUACCCUGAAACACUUGGUGAAAUGUUUGUCAUAAAUGCUGGACCUGGCUUUAGGCUACUCUGGCAUAUACUCAAGCGUUUUCUUGACCCUGAGACGACGUCCAAGAUUCAUGUUCUUGGCAACAAUUAUCAAGGCAAACUGCUUGAAAUCAUUGAUGAAAGUGAGUUGCCAGAUUUUCUUGGUGGUAAGUGUACGUGUGAAAAUGAUGGUGGUUGUUUAAGGUCAGAUAAAGGGCCGUGGAGAACACUAAAGACAUCAAUGGUGAAUGUGGAUUAUUAGUAGCUUUAUAUGCAUAUAUAGCAAUCUUUUUGUGUCUCUAAGAUGAAUUUUAGAGAGGAAGAAGAGUGUUUAGAGAAGAAAGUGGCAACAUUGAACCUUACAAGGCAACCAGUAGGAGAAAAUCAGCCACAAUUUAUAUGUUCCAUUUGAUUGUACCAUUGUUUCUUUAGAAUUAUUUGCGAAUUAUGAUUCUUUCAUCAUUUCUCAGUAAAUAAUUCUGCAUUUAUUUUAGCACUUCCAAUGGAAAUGACUGUAUUGAGAGUGAAGUCUCUCUCAUUAUAUAA